AGAAGAAGUCUUCCCUCAAUCCAAGAUGGUGGUACCCAUCAGAGAGGGCCGAACAAGGACUCAAGAUUUUAUUGCUGGCUUUAUAGUCUAGAAAGCACAGGGCCUGGCGCUAGAAGAUUCUUAGGGAGUGUCUAUGGAGUAAAAAUAAUGAUUGGCAGGCGAAGCUGAGCUGGCUGCUCCAGGAUGAACCGCGGCUCCAAGAAGGGGAAGUAGGAGUCUUGCUGGUGCUGCUAUGGCGUGUGAACCACAGAUGGGCCCUGGCGGGGCGGCUGGCCCCUUGCCCACCUCCUCCCCUGGCUGGAGUCCCUUGCCUGGCGGAAGCCCUCCUGGCUGGGGGCAAGAGCUCCGCAGUGGCCAGGUCCUUACGGUGCUCCGGAUCGACAAUACCUGUGCGCCCAUCUCGUUUGACCUGGGAGCCGCUGAAGAGCAGCUGCAGACCUGGGGUAUUCAGGUCCCAGCUGACCAGUACAGGAGCCUGGCUGAGAGCGCCCUCUUAGAGCCCCAAGUGAGGAGAUACAUCAUCUACAACUCGAGGCCCAUGCGGCUGGCCUUCGCUGUGGUGUUCUACGUGGUGGUGUGGGCCAACAUCUACUCCACCAGCCAGAUGUUUGCCCUGGGGAACCACUGGGCAGGCGUGCUGCUCGUGACCCUGGCUGCCACAAGCCUCACCCUGACUCUCGUGCUCAUCUUUGAGAGACACCAGAGGAAGGCCAACACCAACACAGACCUCAGGCUGGCAGCUGUCAAUGGAGCCCUUCUGAGACACCGGGUGCUGCUGGGGGUGACGGACACAGUGGAAGGCUGCCAGAGUGUGAUUCAGCUCUGGUUUGUCUAUUUCGACCUGGAGACCUGUGUGCAGUUUUUGUCCGAUCACAUUCGAGAGAUGAAGAUGAGCCAAGAGUCCUUGCUGAGAAGCAGAUUGAGCCAGCUGUGUGUUGUCAUGGAGACUGGGGUGAGCCCCACAGCCGACGAGGGGCCGGAGAACCUGCUGGAGGAAACUCCUCUCCUGCCUGACCGUCCGGGUUCCACGGAGAAGCCGCUCCUGCAGACUGAACUUCGCCAGCUUGUUCCUGAGGCUGAGCCGGAGGAAAUGGCCCAGCAGCUGCUGGCAGUGUUUGGUGGCUACUACAUCCGGCUCCUCGUGACCUCUCAGCUACCCCAGGCACUGGGGACACGACACAUGGACUCUCCAAGGAUUCCAUGCCCCUGCCAGCUCAUAGAAGCCUACAUCCUGGGCACGGGGUGCUGCCCAUUCCUGACCAGGUGACCUUGGAACGAAGGUACUCCUCUUCCUCCAGGACUGAAGGACCCUGCACCAAAAUGGCUUGUCGACAGUCCACGCUGACCCCUGGCCUUUGCAGAAGCCGAUGGUCCCACUCUGACCUACUUUCUGUGCUGCUUAGAACCGUUGGCAUGAGUGGAAGGGGCCCCUCGCCCAUCCCUUUCAUUGUCUGGUGAGCCCUGAAAAUGUGAAGAUGACCAGAUGGGGCUGAAAGUGGGCCCAAAGCUUGCUCUCAGGCAAUGCUCCGGUCCUCACCCGCUUCGUGUCAGAUGGAGACUCAGGGAGGACUCUGCUCUGUGUGGCGUUGCCUUGAGCCCCUUAAAUUAUAAGAUGCCCCCUUCCCAAUCUGAAGCAAAGAAGUAAAUUCUCAGAAUGUUCUCCACUUUUAAGUUGUUCUUGCCCUACAUUUUGUGAAAAACGAUGUCACUUGGGCUUGUCUGCUAGCACGCAGGCCUUCAGGAGACAGAAGGAGGGAACGAACAGCAUGUAACUACUAAUGAGAAGAUUUGGAAGAGACUGAUCCUGUCUGAUCAGAGGACUUACUUCGUUCCAAGACACACGUGUCUGUGAGUGUGGUCUCACUGCAGACGGAGAACGGCAGUCCUGUUCCCUCACACUAACGCUGUCCUGCAGUGAAGCGAAACCUCUCCCUCGUGGGAUUCCACGAAGAGCUCAGAGGCUUCCAGGUGCUCUGCUUCUGAAAAAAUACGAAGACCUAUUGUUCCCUGGGCCCAAAUCUAAAGACCCCAGCCUGGCAUUUAAAGGCUCCCCCGUGCCGAAGACCUGGCCAUCAUCUGCAAUUUUGGCUUCAUCGCUCAUAAAAAUCCUUCAUAGGCUGAAAAUGUUUCCUAGCUAUUCUUUUGCGUCUGUUGGAUUCCUAUGCAUGCUUUUUUAAAAAAAAGAUGUUUAAAAUUGAGGUAUAGUUGCUGUAAGAUGUACUAUGUAAGUUUCAGGUGUAUAAUGUAGUGAUUCCUCAUUUUUAAGGGCUAUGCUCUGUUUAUAGUUAUUAUAAAAUAUUGGCUGUAUUCCCUGUGUUGUACAGUAUAUCUUUGUAGCUUAUUUAUUUUAUACAUGGGAGUCUGUACCUCUU